GCUGAGUCUCGGGAGCUAACUUCACAGACGUGUUGUAGAGGCGCGUACUACGAUGAAAAUGCAGACUAUGAUCGAGUGUACUUCUUAUUCGUUUUGACAUGGAUUAAGUUAUUUUUACGUAGUUGAAUGUAAUUAUUAAAAAAAAAUUAAUUUGUGAUAUAUAAUUUUUUACACAAGUUUAACGGAUAUUUACAAUAAUCCUAGUCUUAAAUAUUCACUUUUAAUAAUUCGAAAAUGCACCUAUACAAUCAUAAUUGUGCGGCUGGAGGGAACAUGACAAGACAUAUUUUAGUCUGCUAUCAGCUUGUAUGUUAUUAUUUGAACAAUUUCUGUUCCCUUUCUGCAAAUCCUACAACUAAUCACAAUUUUUUUAUAUAAUGUGGAAUCGUUAUAAAAUCAAAGAGAUUUCGUCAUGUUUUAUAGUUUCAUUGCCGGUAUUCAUGGCUUCGAUAGCAUUAGGAUGGACAUCGCCAAUUAUUGAAUAUGUAUCCAAAGGAAAUUUACCAAUUCAUAUGUCAUUAUCAGAAGAGUCAUGGAUGGUUACCUUUCUGGAUAUUGGAAAUUUAAUAAUGGCAGUACCUGCAGGUAUAUUAACUGAUAAAUUGGGAAGAAAAAUGUCUGCAUUUAUUACUGCACCAAUUAUGUUAAUUGGUUGGUUAUUAAUUUUCAUUUCCAAUGAGGUAUUUUACUUGUACAUUGCACGAUUUCUUCAAGGAUGUGCUAUGGCAAUAGCAUUAAUAGUUACACCCAUUUACAUUGGCGAAAUAGCUAGUAUUACACUUAGAGGAUCAAUGGCAUUAAUUUUUGAAAUUUCAUAUGCAAGUGGUUUAUUAACAGUGUAUACAUUUGGUUGGUUAUGCAGCUAUAACUUGUUGAUUAUAUUAUGUGCCAUUAUACCAAUAGCCUCAGGAAUAUUUUUAUAUUUUAUUCCGGAAUCUCCAUAUUACCUAAUGUUAAAGGGAAAAGAAGAAGAAGCUGUCGAAUCAUUAAAAAAAUUGAGAAAAUAUAGUGACAAUGAGUUAAUUGAUGAACUCAAACUCAUAAAAGAAUCUUCAUUUGAAAUAGUAUCUACAGGAAAUUUUAAUGACUUGUUAAAUAGAGAUCGAUGGCCAUUUAUAAUUGUUAGUGCAUUAGCUAUACUACAAAUGGGUUGUGGAGCCAGUGUCAUGGAAGCAUAUGCAUCUUCUGUUUUAACUAAAACUAAUAUUUCAGCAAAUGCUUGUUCUGUAAUAUUUGGUCUAGUCAUAUUGUUAGCUUGUAUUCCUUCUUCAUUAACUAUAGAUAGAUAUGGUCGUCGACCACUAUAUUUAAUCUCUUAUGGGGGUACUACCUUAUGUCUUGUUGCUACUGCUAUCCUCUUGUCUCCUGGUAUUCAAUCGGGUAUACCACUAUUAUUGACUAUAUGUGGUUCUGAAUUCUUUAUCAAUCUAGGUAUCAUGCCUUUAUUACCAGUUGUACAGUGCGAGUACUUUCCUACAGAUACUCGAGGUUUGGCUAACUCCAUAAUUAUUUUGAUUCUCGUUUUUACCUCUAUUGUAAUGCUCAAAAGCUAUCAGCCAAUAACAGACAUGUAUGGGAAACGACUCAAUUUUAUAAUAUAUGCUAUUAUCUCUUUUUUUGGUUAUAUUCUCUGUUAUUUUUGGUUACCAGAAACAAAAGGAAAAUCAUUUAUCGAAAUACAAUCACAUUUUGAAAAUUAUUCUUUCUUAAGUAAUAAAAAACAUAAAUAUUAUGAAAAAAUUUAAAAAUUAUACUUAAUUAAAUGAAUUAUUAUUUAAGUAAACUAAUAAUACUAAUAAUUAUAAUAUGUAAAAUCAAGAAGCUUCAAAAAAAAUUGAUAUUAAUUAAAAUUGAAAUCUCCUGUUUAACAAUUAAAAAGAACUAUAACUUCAACAUGCUUGGAUUUUAUAUUACCAAAUCUUGAAAUAUUUCUUUGUAUAUAGAAACAACAUUGUUCAUAUAACCCUCAGAAAUAAUACCUCUCAAAUUAUUCCUAUUUAAUUACAUCUGUUGAAAAAAAUUUUUGGGAGAUUUUCAUCACGUGAAAUUAGGCAACCUUUUUUCAAUCUUUUCACUGGUAUUCAUAAUAUUACAUCAAUCAACACAAAAUAUAUAAAAAUCACCUUUGAUUUGAUUGUUAAUGUUAAUGUUUUUCUGACUUCACCAAUUAACUCACUGCUUCUACACCUAAUACACUAUUUUAUAAUUUUGGUAUUGUUAACUUGCAUAUUAAAAUCUCUGAAGAUUUUGGGGCAACUAACAAUGUUUCCUUUACAGAAUUAAGCAUUUAGGAGCUACAAAUAAUGUGUUUUCCUUUUCUGAUAUAUGUAAAAGUCUGUUAUUUGUAUAAAUAAUAAUAAACUUAAUGCUUAUUUAACAAAUUUCAAUAACAGUUACCAGUGAUUGAUAUAAUACACUCUAAUUUUAGUUUAACGAGUGAUUUUAAUAUAUAAUUUUAUUAGUCAUAGUUUAUGUAUAUUAGUAAUUUAUUCACUUUACGCAUCAAAAGUCAUUUCUAUUUCUCAAAUAUUCGCCUUUUAGAAAUUGAAUUAUUACAAUUAAAAUUGUGAGCAAAUUUUGUUUUUCGCAACAUCGUUUUCUAUCAAUGUCAAUAUGAAUACGGCAUCAGCUAUUUUAAGCAGAGACUUAAACGCUGACUCAUAGAGAUCUUAAUACACGAGUUCAGUCAGUAUUAAUUCCUCUACGUUGUGAAUAUUAAAAUAAAAUGCAAAUUUUAUUAUUUCAGUAUUUAAACCUAAUAACGAUUACUUGUUGUAACAAUUGUAUUUUAAUGUUCAAAAAUUUAUACACAAAGCUAUUUUUUAUUAUUGUAAGUUGAUCGUUAACUAAGUAAUUUUUUCAUAUAUCUAUUAUCAAAAACAGAACCUAAAUCGUUAUUUAUAUACCUAUAAAAAUGAAUUACUAAUGUGUAAAUAUUAGUAGAUUACAUGGUUAUUUUUAACAUUUAAUUUAAUAAAAAAUAAUAAUAUUUGUUUUAUCUAAAGAGUACUACAAUUAAAAUUAUACACUUUUAAUAAUUAAUAGAAAUUUACCAAAAUUAUGGUAUUUUCCUUACUGAACACCUGUAUAUUAUUAUUUUCGACCAGUUCGAUAAAUUACGUUAUGGUGUAUUUAUAUUAAUUAUUUUAUUCGAUAAUUAUGGCUUAUUAGGUUCGAUGCGAAGCUGAGAAGGUAUUAAUUUUACUCUGAUGUGUUUUUAUUUUUAUAUCUGUUACCACUUUUUCUCAGCUCUCAUCGGACUGAUUUCUUUUAAUACGUCAAAAAAUCACAAAACAUAUC